AUGGACGACGAAGCCGCAGCAGCUUCUCCUCAGAUUGCACGGCGGAGAGGACGCCUGCGCAAACGCAUCGCCAGCGAUGAAGAAGAAGAAGCAGCGGGGGGUCCCCCUGCUGCUUCAGCUGCAGAUACACCCCAGAGCCCGCGGCCUGAGCGCUCCGAGCUGCCUGUACACCCGAGCAGCGACGACAUAAACAACCACCAGCAGCAGCAGCAGCAGCAGCAGCAGCAGCAGCAGCAGCAGCACAAGCUGGAGCAGGAGGAGCCAAGGACUCCGUCUCCACUGCUGCGACGGCUGCGUGUGAAACAACAAAAAGAAGAAGAAGAAUUGUUUUCUUCUGUUGCUGGCGGCGAGUCUAGUGAUUCAUCUAUAACUAAAAAAAACAAAAAAGAAAAAGAAAAAGAAAAAGAAAAAAAACAGAAAAAAAAACAAUCGCAGUGGAGCGACUCAGGUGUAUCUUCAUAUGACGACGAGGAUGAAGAAACAGAUACAGAAAGCAGCAACGCGUCCCCCACGGAUAGUGACGACGACGCGCGCAGCUCUUUAUCUCCCCCGAGAGCAGCAGCAGCAGCAGCAGCAGCAGCAGCAGCAGGAGGAGGAGCAGCAGCAGCAGCAGACUUCGAUGAAGCAGUUGCGUGGUGUCUAGACUGGAUAAAAAAAGAAACGAGCAGCAGCAGCAGCAGCAGCAGCAGCAGCAGGAGCAGCAGCAGCAGCAGACUUCGAUGA